UAUUCGAUCUCUUUUUUGUAUACAAAUAGUAUACUACGGAUAGACCAAAAAAAUGUGAAAAAAAUAAAAAUAUUUUGUUUUUUCAGCAUUAAAUUGGUAAAAUUUAAACGAUUUGACACGCCGUUGGUUGCCCGUGAUUAUUACUUGCAGCAGAAAGAAGGGAACUUGGCUAAAUUACUUAAAAAAGUUUUAAAAAAACAAAUAAGUGAAGGUGAAGAACUCGCUGUUGGCGAUACGAAGUUGGGAAAUAUAAUCAAAGAGAAAUUAAAUAUACCUUGCGUUUCCAAUGCAGCUACGACAGAAUUAAUGCGAGGAAUCAGAAGUCAUAUCGAUAGUUUGCUUGAUGAGCAUAAAGAUGAACUAGCAAACAUGAGAUUGGCCUUAGCUCAUUCAUUAGGCCGAUAUCAGGUGAAGUUCAAUCCUGAUAAAAUUGAUACGAUGAUAAUACAAGGAAUUUCUCUUUUAGAUGAUCUUGAUAAGGAAUUAAACAAUUAUAUAAUGAGAUGUCGGGAGUGGUAUGGCUGGCAUUUUCCUGAGCUUAGCAAAAUAAUUUCAGAUCCUAUUCUAUAUGUGAAAACAGUACGAGCAAUUGGUAUAAAACAAAACGCUAUUAAUAUUGAUAUGAGUGAAUUUUUGUCGCCUGAUUUGGAAGCGAAGAUUAAAUCGGAAGCAGAAAUUAGUAUGGGUACAAUGAUUUCGGAUUCAGAUAUGAAUUGCAUUCAGUAUUUAUGUGAACAAAUUUUGGAUUUAUCUGAUUAUCGAGCGCAACUUUCACAAUAUUUAAAAGAACGUAUGGCUACGUUAGCACCGAAUUUAACUGCACUUCUUGGUGAAUUGGUUGGUGCGCGUUUAAUUUCACACGCUGGAUCAUUGGUAACGUUAGCGAAGUACCCUGCUUCAACUGUACAGAUUUUGGGUGCAGAGAAAGCUUUAUUUCGAGCUCUUAAGACCAAAAAAGAUACUCCAAAAUAUGGCCUAAUUUACCAUGCUCAAAUUGUUGGUCAAGCCAGUACUAAAAUGAAAGGAAAGAUGGCUCGCAAGUUGUCAGCAAAAGUUUCAUUAGCUUCCCGAAUUGAUGCUUUGGCAGAUGAGUCAAAGGGUGCAAGUAUGGGGAUCGAGGCUCGGGCGUACUUGGAGCGUGUUAGUAGACAAGGUCAAGAACCUCGAAGAAUUUCUGGCGUAUCUACGAAGCACGAUAAAUAUAGGUUUAAAAGGUUCGCCGCUCAUGAUAAAAAAUUCGCUUUUUACUCUUGGAUAAUUUCUAAUUGA